CCUCUCUCCACCGCGCUCGCGCCGUUCCUGCCUUUUUGGCGGCUCGUGUGUGUGUUUUGUUUUUUUUUUCUUUCUCGAUGUUCCACUUCACAUGAUCUCAGCACAUAUAUGAACGAAGCACUGCGGCCACAUUUGGACUUAGAUCUCCCCCCGCACUUCCAGAGAGAUGGACCUUGUGGGCUUUUACUUCCUUCAGCUCAUCUUCUCAGCUCUGCAGGUGCUGUUGUAUGCUGGUAGAGACUGCCUGCUGGCCGGGGAUUCAUGCUCCAGUGAUGAAACCUGCAGUCCGCGUCUCAGAACCCUGAGGCAGUGUGUGGCCGGCGACGGCAGUGUGAAGCUGGGCCCCGGGGCCCGGAGUCAGUGUGCCAAUGCUGUGUCCGCCCUGCUCUCCAGCCCCCUGCAUGGCUGCCAGUGCAGACGCGGCAUGAAGAGAGAGAAGAACUGCCUCAGUAUAUACUGGAGUCUCCACCAGUCUGGCAUACAUGGGCUGAACCUGGUGGAGAGUUAUCCAUAUGAAUCAGUGGAGAAAGGUUAUGACUAUGUCCGUCUAGCCUCCAUCACUGCAGACUCUGAACUGGGCAUGUCCACGGUGAACCGUUGCCUGGAUGCGGCCAAGGCCUGUAACGUGGACGACGUGUGCCAGAAGUUGCGCACAGAGUACGUGUCGGCGUGCAUCAAGCCAGCUGGAAAGUCUGGCCUGUGCAACCGCUCCCGCUGUAACAAGGCCCUGCGGCGCUUCUUCGACCGCGUCCCAGCUGAGCACACCCAUGAGCUCCUCUUCUGCCCCUGCAGCGACAUGGCCUGCUCCGAGAGACGCCGUCAGACCAUCGUCCCCAGCUGCUCCUACGAGGAGCCAGUGAAACCCAGCUGUCUGACGCUUAUGAGGACCUGCAGGGCCGACUACGUAUGCAGGUCUCGGUUGGCCCAGUUUCAGUAUGACUGCCAGCCUGAGGGCCAGUCCGCCAGCGGCUGCAAGCAGGGCAACUACGCUGCCUGUCUACUGGCCUACACUGGCCUAAUAGGCAGCUCCAUCACGCCUAACUACGUAGAUAACUCGACAUCCAAUGUGUCUCCUUGGUGCACGUGCUCAGCGAGUGGCAAUCAGAGAGAGCAGUGCACAGAGUUUCUGGAUUAUUUCACCGACAACAUCUGCCUCAGGAACGCUCUCCUGACAUUUGGGAACGGAAUGGACCUCACGCCCACUCCCAGCCAAUCAGAGCACCUAAGCCUUGUGACAGACACAGAAGCACGCCACACCACUCCCGGCCUUGUAUCCAUGGAUACGGAACAGAACAUUGUGAGCCCAGCCGUACCCACACAGGACACAGAGAAUGAAAGACUUUGGGGCGACUCCACCAUUCCCUUCAACACACACGGUAACUCUGCCCACGUGAGUGCUCACAUGUCUGUGCCGGUGCUCACCUGUCUCCUCCUCGUUCUCCUGCUUGUCUCUGAGCAGUAAAACAGCUGAAGUGUGUUUGGGAGGUCUCCUAGAGAGAGCCUGGGACAAUGGACCAAUUGUGCCAAUAUUUUUUUAUUCCGGAGUGUGGAAAAACCAACCCUUCAACGGCCAAAUGUUUCCAACAUCUAACUCAUCAUGUUAUCUUGUGUGUUUCUGUGGAACUCUGAAUGCCUGCAAGCACCUGCCAGGACUGGACUUUGCAAGGCAAUGACAUUUAUUCAUGGAAGUGAUGUAUGGUUUAAUAUAGCUUGAAAGCUACUGGGAAUCAUACCUGUACAUAUGUACAUAUCAUAAUGCAGAGUCAAUAUCAGAAUUUAUCGUAUGUGAACAGCUUCAGCAUCAAGUCCGAGGGCAACUGAAAAAGGUGAAGCCUGUUGUGUUCUAAGAUCCAAAUUACUGGCCAAAGCUCUGAAAUCAGCUCCUGAUGAAAUGUGUGGAGGAAAGAAUCGAAGCCUUGUUUUUCUUUUAUAGCUCCUCAUGCAUCACUUCAAGCGUUCGGAGGCGCCCCGGGUGGAAAUGGGGAUUUAAUAUUGUUCUGUUCAAGUUGACUGAGGAGAAAGACGAAGGCUGUUUCUGAUCAAUACUGGGACAGCAAAGCCUCUGGGUGGAGGUAAACAAUACGUCUCUCAAAGCUUGAACUGUUACUCUGGAUGAAUACCAGUUUCUAGACCAUUCCCAGGUACGCUGUGUUUUCUGGAAGACAACUCGCUCUUGCUCUCUAGUGCCGCCUGACUGAGCAUCAGACAUAAACUAAACAUUUGCAAUAUGUGUCCUCCUCUCCACUCUUGUCCAAGCACAACAGAUCAUUCUGAGACAAAUUUCUCUCUGAAAACAGUGUAUCUUAUUCUGCAGCGAUCUUUAUCUUCGAUGAUUGUAGUCUACCACAGGCUUCUCAAUAUCUGUUCUUACAUGAAGAUGAAAGGCUAUGAUAGCCCUCUACACUCUUGAAAAUAAAGCUCCUGAAAAGGGCUCUUUGGAGCGAUGCCAUAGAACAGGAGUCGCUAAUCUUUUCCAAAAAAGGGUCCAUGUGGCUGCAGAUUUUCAUUCCAACCUAGUCGGAGAAUACCUCGGAUAACUCAUCAACUACUUGAAGACUGAGAUCAACUGAUUAAACAAGUGUGAUGAUGUGUCCUUUCUUGACUGGGAUGAAAACCUGCAGCCACAUUGGACUCUUUUUUGGAUUGUCAUAGAGGACCCCUGUCAUAUAAAACCCAACUUUGGUUCAAUAAAGGACUAUUCAAGAUUUUUGUAAAUGAGAUGGGCAAAUGUGAAAAACCCUCCACAUAAUGUAAAGAUUAUGUCAAUGAAAGAUUUUCCUAGAAAUGUAACCUACUGUGUAAAAGUCACAGACCAAUUCAUUUAUUUAAUUUUCAUUCAAAACAGACAUUAAGUGCAUAAUAUUCAUUUUUAGGAGAUUUUUGAGGAGAGUUUCCAAAGCUAGAGUUCAAAAAUUAUUAAAUGAUGUAGUGAAAAUGGGACUCCUAACAGCCAUGCAAGACCUGGUAGACCACCAAAACUGUCACUAUCAGAUAAAUAGCACUUAAAGCUUUCAUCUUUGAGAGAGAGGAGAAAACCAAGUUCCACUCUUGCUUCAGAUCUGAAAAAGACUCAACACUAGUUUGAGAGGAUGUGGAGCUCCUACCGCAAAAAGGAAAUAGACAAAUAAAAAGAAGAAAAUUUGCACACAUCUGAGAUGUAGAGUGAGGUUUUAUGGAGCGAUGAGUCUACAUUUGUAACUGAGAGUAUUUGGAUUACAAAAAGCAAAGAAAUCAAAGAAAAUGCAACCAACUUCUAAGACUAAACUUUGGAGGUGUGGAAAAAUAUCUCUGCAGAUUUCUUUUAAAAACUGAAAGCAAGUCUCCUGAAAAUAAUGGAAGCUGUAAAAGGCAAAGGGUGAACACACUAAGUACUGAUAUUAUCUUUAGUUUUUGAGGCUUCUGCACAAUGUGAUCCUAAAAAAAGUGAAUAACGUGUACUUGAUGUCUGUUUUGUCUAGAAAUGAAAUAAAUGAAAGGGUGGUCUCUGAUUUUUGCAUCGUACUGUAUGUUCAAGCCAAGAGCCAAUCUGGAACCUUCACUUUGAAGAGUGAUAAAGUAAAAUAACCAGCAUUGCAUUAACUCUCCCAGCAUUGAAUUAACUCUUACAGUGUUAAAUUAGCCCUCACAUUGUUCUAAAGAGAAGACUGAUUAUAAUUAAUUUAACACUGGUGACGUCAUUAUGUAUAAGUGGUAAUACAGUGUUUCUUAAACAAUUGGGAAGGUUCAGCUUUGAUUAGUAUCUUGUGUGGAUUCUCUCCCUGCAUCAUGUCUUUAUAUGUGGAGUUGCAUCUCUCUUCGGGAGUCAGCGUAUCAGUGGAGCUGUAUGCACUGCCUGAGAAAGCUUGAGGUGAAUGUUAUCGCAGUUGGAAGGAGAGAUGCUCAUAUGGACACAUAGGGGUCGUGACCGCUUGGCUGGUCCCCUUGGUGAGCCUCAGCGAAAGGCUAUGAACGUUGCAGAACAGUAUGAAGUUCAUCUCAAUCGCUGCCAAUAAAA